GGCGUUUUACUGGUAAUAUGAAUUAAUUGAUGCAUGUUUGGUAAAUGUCAGUAUUUGCCGAUCGGAAGCAUCAGUGAGCGCAAUUUAUGGUCGAAAUGUAGACCGUGACGGGUAGCCCGGGCGUCUCUGCGUCGCAGAAGCGGAGUCGUCGCCGUUUAGCCCGAGGCUUUCGGUGACGCCUCUGACGUAUUUGGAGGCUCGUCCUCCGAUAGGAUCGUCCUAGGACUGGUUUGUCCUCCUGCGGCGGGCUGCGGCCGGUGAAAAACAUCCUCCGGGCCGGCCGGGCUCCGAUAGGAUCGACACGGUCCGGCCGAGCCCCCAGCCACCAGGGUCGCCUCUGACAACCGUCCAGAGAGCGGUCAGCAGCGAUCAUGAGCGCCACGACGACAGCGACGGCGGUGGAGACGACCCCGGCCGUGCUGCGGCUCCGGGCCGGAGACGAGGAGACGCGGCGAGCAGACGAGGAGACGCGGCAGUUCCUGGUCGAUCUGUGCUCCGGACUGUCGGUGACGCCGCUACCGCCGUCCAGAGCCAGAGAUGAGACGCUGGCGCACGCCCCGGUGCGCACCACGCACCUCAGCCCCGAGGAGGAAAAGACGGCUCUGCGGAACGCGCUGCGCUACUUCCCGGAGUCGUGUCACGCCGAGCUGGCCGCCGAGUUCGCCGCCGAGCUGCGCCGCUAUGGCCACAUCUACAUGUACCGCUUCAUGCCGGACACGAGCCGUAUCAGGGCGUACCCGCUGCGGCUGUACCCGGGACAGUCGCGCCAGGCCACCUCCAUCAUCCUGAUGAUCAUGAACAACCUGGAUCACCGGGUGGCGCAGUUCCCUCAGGAGCUGGUCACUUACGGCGGUAACGGACAGGUGUUCUCCAACUGGGCACAGUUUCGUCUGACGCUGCACUACCUGUCGACGAUGACGGACCGUCAGACGCUGGCGCUCUACUCGGGCCAUCCGCUCGGCCUGUUCCCGUCGACACCAGCGGCGCCUCGAGCCGUCGUCACCAACGGUCUGGUGAUUCCCAACCACUCGAGCCGGCGCGACUACGACCGGAUGUUCGCGCUGGGAGUUACCCAGUACGGACAGAUGACGGCCGGCAGCUACUGCUACAUCGGACCGCAGGGAAUCGUGCACGGGACCACGCUGACGGUCUUGAACGCCGGCCGUCUGUACCUGGGUUCCGCCGAGCUGGUUGGUCGGGUGUUCCUGACCUCGGGGCUGGGCGGAAUGAGCGGCGCCCAGGCCAAGGCGGCCACCGUCAGCGGCUGUGUUGGUGUCAUCGCUGAGGUGAGCCGCGAGGCCAUCUACAAGCGGCACGCGCAGGGCUGGCUGGACGAGGUGAUUGACGACCUGGAUUCGCUGGUGGAGCGGGUGCGACGCGCCCGCCAGGAGCGCCGGCCGGUCAGCAUCGGCUUCCACGGGAACGCCGUGAGCGUGUGGGAGCGGAUGGUGGAGGAGCACCGGCGCAGCGGCGAGCUGCUGGUCGACCUCGGCUCUGACCAGACCUCGUGCCACGCGCCCUUCUCGGGCGGCUACUACCCCGUCCAGCUGGGGUACGACGAGGCGCGCCGAGUGCUGGCCGCCGAGCCGGACCGGUUCCGGCAGCUGGUGCAGGAGUCGCUGGUGCGUCAGAUAGCCGCCAUCGACUACCUCACCGAGCGGGGAAUGGCCUUCUGGGACUACGGCAACGCCUUCCUGCUCGAGGCGGGCCGGGCCGGAGCUAACGUGCACCGCGCCGACGACCCGACCGGCCUGCGCUUCCGCUACCCGAGCUACGUGCAGGACAUCAUGGGCGACAUCUUCAGCCUGGGCUUCGGUCCGUUCCGCUGGGUGUGCGCCUCUGCGGAGCCGGAGGACCUGGCGACCACGGACCGGAUCGCCGAGCGGGUCAUGGAGGAUAUCAUGAAAGACGAGCUGCCCGAGCCGGUGCGCCAGCAGUACCGGGACAACCUGCGCUGGAUCCGGGAGGCCGGUCAGCACGGCCUGGUGGUGGGCUCACAGGCGCGCAUCCUAUACUCCGACUGCCGGGGACGGUCGGCCAUCGCGCUGGCCUUCAACGAGGCCGUCCGAGACGGCACGCUGCAGGGCCCGGUGAUUAUCAGCCGGGACCACCACGACGUGAGCGGUACCGACUCGCCGUACCGCGAGACGUCCAACGUGUACGACGGCUCGGCGUUUACCGCCGACAUGGCCGUCCAGAACUGUAUCGGUGACGCCUUCCGCGGCGCCACCUGGGUCUCGCUGCACAACGGAGGAGGCGUCGGCUGGGGUGAAGUGGUGAACGGCGGGUUCGGGAUGGUGCUGGACGGCUCGCCGGAAGCCGACGAGCGAGCCAGGAACAUGCUGCACUGGGACGUUAACAACGGCAUCGCCAGGAGGAGCUGGUCCGGGAACGAUAACGCCGACCUGGCCAUCGGCCGAGCGAUGGAGGCCGAGCCACUGCUGCGAGUCACGCGCGCACAUCGCGUCAGGGAGGAUACCCUUCUGGAGGAGGCGCUCAAACAGUGAGAGGCCUUGGCGGCGGGCGAACCGAGAGCAGACGCAGAUGUGAGACAUAAUGGUCCCAGAAGACGAGAUGUGACGCAGGGUGGUCUAAAAGAGACAAUAUGUGGCGCAUGUGGUUCUGCAGAGACAUAUGUGGCGCAUGUGGUCGAGAGACGCCGAAGGGAUACUAAUGAACAAGAGGGAAAAGUGUACAGCAAUUGAUUUUUUCUCUUGUAGGAGGCUAACGUGCAAUCGGGAUACAGGGGGCACUCAGCUUUUGUGUUUGCCUAUGAUUUGGGACUGCUAGAAUGCUACUGGUAAUUGAACUUUUUCAAUGCAACUAACAAUACAUGAUCGAGGUUGA